AUGUUUCGAUCCAGUCUCAGGCGCUGUGCCACUCAGGCCAGGACCGCCACUACGGCUGCCCUCCUCUCUCAGACCCGGGCCGCUCUGCCUGUCGUCCGCAGCCAGGCCUUGACAACCCGUCUCCCAAUUGCUUCCAUCAACAAGAUUGCCUCUUUCCGGGCCUACAGCAGCGAGGCCGCUGCUGAGCAAAUAGAACCUGCUACAACAGAUGCUGAGCCUGAGGUCCGCUUCGGCGACCUUGAGGGCGUGGACCAAAGCUUGAUUCGCACUAUCAUCCAGAACAUGGGAUACGAAACCAUGACACCCGUUCAAGCAAAGACAAUCAAGCCCGCUCUCAAGGGAACUGAUAUCGUUGCUCAAGCCAAGACCGGUACCGGAAAGACUUUGGCCUUCCUUUUGCCUCUUCUUCAAAGAAUGAUUGUCGAGGACCCAUCUCUCGCCGGCAAAAACGCUCGUCGACAAGCCCGAUCCGACGACAUCCGUGGCAUCGUUCUAUCGCCUACUCGAGAGCUCGCUGAGCAAAUCGCCAUGGAGGCUCGCCGACUGUGCCAAAACACUGGACUCGUUGUUCAGUGUGCCGUUGGAGGUACCGAUAAGCGUAGUAUGCUGAACCAGACUCGCCGACAGGGCUGCCAUCUCCUUGUCGCCACUCCCGGUCGUCUCAACGAUGUGCUCCAGGACCCUGGCAGUGGCAUCGAUGCUCCUAACCUGGCUGCUCUGGUUCUCGAUGAAGCCGACCGAAUGCUCGACACUGGUUUCGAGAGAGAACUCAACGAAAUUGUCAACCAACUUCCCCGCCCCGAAGAAAAGGUCCGCCAGACCAUGCUCGUUUCUGCCACCAUUCCCGACAGUGUCAUUCGUCUGGCCCGCUCCAUGGUCCGAGCCGAUGACUUUGAGUUCGUUCAAACCAUCCCUGAGAACGAGUCUCUCACACACGACAAGGUUCCUCAGCACAUUGUUCCUGUCAGCAGCUGGACCCAGGUCUUCCCCACACUCUUUGAGCUUAUGGAUCGUGAGCACAAGAAGUCUCUCGAAGACCCCAAUGAGCGUCCCUUCAAGGCCAUUGUCUACUUGAACACCACAUCACUUGUCGAACUCGGCGGCGAGUUGGGCUUCCAAAUGCGACAGAACGCUCGCAACGAUAACAAGCCUUUCCUUCCAUCCUACGUCCUUCAGUCCAAGAUGGGCCAGAACCAGCGCCAGAGAGCUGCAGACAGAUUCCGUGAGGCCAAGUCUGGUGUUCUCUACUCUUCAGAUGUCACCGCUCGUGGAAUGGAUUUCCCCGACGUGACACACGUUAUUCAGAUUGACACUCCCAGAGACCGUGAGUCUUACAUUCACCGUCUUGGACGAACCGGUCGACAGAACAAGGAGGGUCAGGGUUGGUUGAUUCUCCCUCACUCCUCUGUUCGUGUUGCUCGCAAGAUGCUUCAGGGUCUUCCCAUCGCACAGAACAACUCCCUUGAGAGUGCCGAGACCGAUGUGGAGGCCGGCGAGUCCACUUCUUACCAUGAGUCCACCAAGGCCCUCUUCAGUGUCAUUCCUCGAGAUCUUCUUUCUCAAACAUAUACCUCCAUGUUCGGUCUUGCCACCGAUAAGGUGGAAACUGCCGAAGAUGUAAACAAGUGGACAAAGCACGGAUGGGGUUGGGAUACUCCUCCCUAUGUUAGCUCCAUGUGGGUUAACAAGAUGGGCUUGGGACGUGCCACUGGUAUGAACGUUAGGGAAAGAGACAGCUUUUCCGAGUCACGAGGUGGUGAUCGUGGUGGUGACCGUGGUGGUUUUGGUAAUGACCGACGUGGUAGUGCCCGACCUUCACGAAGCAGCGAUCCUUUUGACAACAUGGCGGCCAACGUUCGCCGUGACGACUUUGGCCGUGGCGGCAACCGAACCGGCGGCUUUGGUGGUGGCGGUUCUCGCGGUUUCGGCGGCCGUAAUGACAACGGCUCCCGCGGCCGUGGCGGGUUUUCUUCCCGCAAUGGCAGCCGUAAUGGCAGCCGUUCCUCGUUCUAA